CCAUGCUCACCGAAAAAGUGGAGCCUAUGGAUGAGGAUGAUCCGGAGGAUCUUCAGUCCCAAGUUCACAGGCACUUGAGUAACAGUCCAAUCCUCGAGAUGCAAAACGAUGGACUGGAUACUAGGAAGUGGAACGUCAUAAGCAUGACCCCCGUGGAUCCCAAAACGGGCUUAUACACCUCCGAUGGAAUCUACAAAGGUAAAGGAGACCUUACAAUUGUUGCUAACAUUGAUGAAACAAGUGCGGAUUUCAUCUCGAGGAACGACUUUAAACUCAAGUUUCUUCGCUUUCAACUGACAGUCGUUUUCUGCCAGGCAUCUUAAAAUUGGCGGAGAUACAACGAAUUCAUUUUCCAGUUAGCAGUUCCAAUUAACCUCUGUUUGUUUGUUGCAAAAAGGACGGGAUUUAUUUAUUUAAAUUUAAUAUAUCUUUUUAUGGAUUUUUUCGAGCACAUGUCAGCACAGGUGACAUUUUUUUCAAAUUAAAUUGAGUUAACCGUGUAA